AGUUGAAAAAGAAGAAGAAGAAAAAUAUCUUUAAUGACAUUUAAAUCAUAAUAAUUUUGAGAGAUAUCCCAUUGUUUGAUUUUCAUCCAAAAACAGUCUGGCGUAAUAAAUGAACCGAGAAAUUCGUCGACUCUGAAUAAAUGAUGAAAAAAUAAAAUUUUUUCAAUCAUAUUUUGAAUUUACCUGAGUCGAUCCCUGGCAAAGAUGAAGAAAAACCAUGCUUCAAGUGAACUAUAAAAGAACAAACUGCCAUUUACUGAUCCCUCAGUUCAUCCUAGAUCGUUGGAACAUUGAAAAGUUAAAAAAAGUGAUUGAGUGUUAAAUUUUUAUUCACAUAGUGCGAGACAUAUCAAAUAUUUCAUAAAAUGUCUUACAUAGGAUCUGAUGCUGAACAGGAUAAUAAAAACACGACAGAUUUUCGUCGUCAAAGAAGUUCAAGUAAUUUAAUUCCAAAGCCAUUAGAGUCGCCAAAAUUGGCACAUCAAAAUGUAUGGAAUGACAAGCAAAACGACGACACUGAUUCAGAAAUUUCUGACUCAGCUAAUUUUCUUGCUAAAGGAGCUUUUCUUUUGACACCAUCCCAUGAAUUGACAAUGGAUCGUGCAGCAAUGAUUUGCGAGAAAAUGAACUUUAAAGGUUGCUUUAGUUUGACAAAAACAGCAACGGGCAUUUUAUUCAAGUUUUCACAUCCAGAAGAUUAUCAAGCUGUUUUCAAAAAGGGGUUUCACAAAGUUACAGGCGCUCGAUUCUAUAAGAAGGUCGCCAUUCCAUGUCGUCCACAAAAGACCUUCACUCUUUACGUAUUUGAUGUUCCAGAAGAUUUACCAGAGGAAGAUAUCAGGCAUGCUUUAUACAAAUUCAAUUCAGUCGUAGAAGUAGUGCGUCUUAUUGUAUUUUAUCAAAAACAACCGAUAGUUCAGGAAUCUACAUCAGCUGAUUCAGCUAAAACUCCAAAGGUACAGUCAAAGAUUGACGAGCAAGAUAUUGUCAAUAUCAACAAAGAAGCACCACCAGCGCCAAUUCGAAUAACUUUAGCAUCGGUUGAGGAAUUCAAUUAUUUAUUACAAAACGGUCUGGAUUUCUAUCAAGCAACAUAUUUUCCGACAGAAGCCAACUUGCCAGCCACAGCUGCAAAGAUCGCAACAAAAAAAGGGACUCGUUUAAUUGACGGUUCUAUUCCUGGUCGAGUUAGAGAAUUAUUGCCAGUUUUCGAUGCAGCCGGAUUCACUAAAAUCUCAGCUCCAGCUAGCAAAAUCUUCAAACCGCGCCCUUAAAUCUAAGCAACAUGACUUCAGCUAUAUAUAAAAAUUGAAGUUCAUCGUUCCAUUUGACUAAACAGGAAAUUGCGAAAAAGCGCUGGAAGAUAAAUUACGCAUAAGACAAUACCCGUCCCAAUUUUUUUUGUAUGUUAUUAUAUUUCAUUCAAGUUUAUUUCAAGUAUUUCCAUUAUUUAUUUUCUACUUAAUUCAUCUACAAAUGUUUUAGCUAUGAAGCACAUGAAUAAUAAAUCACUUUUUCUGCCCUUAACUUUUUUCACUUGUAAGACUUUUUAUGAGCUUUAAUUUAGGAAGAGUUUUAUUCUUCAUGAUCUUUUCACAACGCAUAUAUUUCUGAAGAACUUUUGGAAUUAAUACCGUUCCGUCUUCAUGUUGAAAGGAUUCGAUGAUAGCAAUGAGCAUUCUAGGAAUAGCACAAGCAGUUCCAUUAACUGUAUGAGCAAACUCGUCUGACUCUUCAACUUUUAUAUUUAAUCGCCUCGACUGAUAAUCGGUGCAAUUACUGCAACUUGAAAUUUCUCCCCACAUAUUUCUACCUGGCAUCCAUGCUUCAAUGUCAUAUUUUCUAUAAGCUGGUGCACCAAGUUCACUUGGUGGCAUAUCAAGAAGUUGAAAGUGAAUUCCAAUAUUUUUGAACAAGUUGAUUUCAAUUUCUUUAAAUUCAUCGAGAAUCAAUGGUGAUUCUGAUGGCCUACAUACUGAAAACAUUUCUACUUUUGUAAACUGGUGAACACGAAAAAUUCCUCUCUCUUCGAGAACACUUGACGAUUCUGCUCUAAAACAUCGACUAACAGCUGCAACUUUCACCGGCAGUUCUUUUUCUUUAAGUUUAUUUCCUGCAAAAUACCCAGCAAGAGCCAUUUCUGAUGUUCCAGAAAGGCAUAAAUUUGACGGAAGUAAACGAUAGACUUGAUUUCUUUCUCCAUCUGUUGUCAUUCCACAACUUUUAAUGACUUCCGAAGGAAGAAUAUCAGGAACUGACAUUAAACGAAAUCCAUGCUUUAAUAUUUCUUCUAAUGUAUAUCGUAUAAGAGCUUGCUCUAAUUCCGCUAACUCUUUCAUAAGGAUAUAACUUUUUGAACCGGAAAAAUUUCCCAUAUGUUCUGUUCGAAGAAUGUUAAAUGCUUUGCAUAUAUCAGCGAAGUCCAAAGGUUUAUGGUUAAAUUCUGGUUUUUUAUUAUAAUAUCCAAUUACUUUGGGAUGAUCACCAUAAUGUUUAACAUCCGGAUGUGUAUUAUUGGGGAUUCGCUUAAAUUCCUCUUGUAAUUGUAAGUUAAGUUUGAUAUUUUCCUCAUGGCUGAGAUUUUGACAUUUCAAAUUAUUCCUCAAUUCAUGAACCUUAAAUAUAUCACCAACACCUUUCCUGAGUUUUAUAUUUUCAUUUAUGUUUUCAAUAUUUUUUUCAUCCAAUAAAAAUUUUUCAUCAUAUACUGGUGUUGACAAAGAGAAUUUGUGACUUUUGACUUCUGUCGGUUCUUGACGUUUUGUGACAAGGGUAGAAAAAGCUUUAACGAAUUUAUUCACAUUUCUCGUAUGUAUGAGUUGAAACAUAUUGAAUUGUAAUUUUAAUAUUUGUGAAAACAUGUUAUUUCUUGUAAACAAAACUUUAGUAGAUAUUGCAUAAAGU